AUGAAAGCCGCCGUGCUUACGCGACCAGGGGCUUCUCCACCAAGUGCCUGCUUCACCAUCGAUCCUGCCUACCCAAAGCCUACUUUACCUUCGCAAGAUUGGGUCCUGAUACGAGUACGAGCUGCAGGGCUCAAUCGUGCAGAGCUCCGUUCGCGCCAUGGCUUUCCUGGCCAUAUCUUGGAAUUCAACCUCUUCGCAAAGGAGUAUCGCGCCGAUCCACCAAAAGUCAUAGGCGAAGAGAUGGUGGGGGAAGUGGAAAAGGCUGGAAGCAACACGGAGUUCAAGUCAGGAGAUAAAGUUGUUGCCUGGAUGUUCGGUGGAGGUAAAGCAUUUGAUGGCUCCUACGCAGAGUAUGCGAUCAGUCCGGAACAAGCUGUGGUGAAGCUGGAGACUUCUCUACCCUGGGAAGUGCUAGGCGGCGCGGUCAUGAGUAUGUGGACUGCACACGGAGCGUUGGACAUUGCCGCACAGAUGAAGCCUCGGUCCUUAAUUCUUAUCCAUGGAGCUAGUAGCUCAGUUGGGAUUUGGUCGAUCAUCUUAGCAAAGGAUAUUGGUUGCACGGUCGUCGCAACCACUCGCAACAAGUCCAAAAUUGAGCGUCUAAAAUUGGCGGGAGCCGACUAUGUCGUACUGGAAGAUGAGUUGAAAGAAACCAUCCCGAAGCUAGCGCCCAAAGGUUUCGAUACAUGGUUCGAAAUUGUUGGGCCGGAGAAUAUUAACCCACUUGCUUUGUCAUCGACAGCUCGCCAUGGUACGGUCGUUCACGCAGGAAUAUUGUCCCUGAAUUUUUCCAUGGGUGAAUUUUCGCCGACUGACAUGGGAGCGGUUCGGAAGUUGACUUUCUAUACCACUAUGCCAGAGGAUUAUGAUGAGGGGGCCGCCGACUUCGUUCGAUGCAUCAUCGACAAGGUUGAACGCGGUGUUAUCAAAGCUGAAGCUUUCAUGGACCGAGUAUUCUCGUUGCAACAAAUCGGAGAAGCUCACGAAUAUAUGGAGAAUAACAAAGCUACGGGUAAAGUAGUCAUUACCGUCUAA